CUUAAGCCACACGCUUUCUUCAAAGUCAACCCUUUUGUGGCGGCUUUUCUUCUUCCAUCCUAGCUAGUAUUCCUCAACAACACACAAAAUCCUAAAAAUGGAUGAUAAUGAUGAAUGGGAUUUGCAAGCAGUAGUUAGGAGUUGCAACACCAUCUCGGCCAACAGUACAAACACAACCAUCACAAUUGAUGAAUAUGAUGAUGAGUUUGAUGUCAUGGGAAGUGUACCAUGUAGCAAUGCAACGAACCCGUUUUCGUACUGGACUUGUAGCGAAAACGCGUCCGAGGGGUUAGAGGAGGUGUACAAAGAAGGGUGUUCUCAACAAUGUCUUACUGUCGCCGCUGCCACCACCACCGCGCAACUUUCUGUUGGUGAUGAGCCACUACAUGAGAUGUUGAAUGCUUGUGAUUCAACAUCCACAAGUAGAAAAAGGAAAAACCAGCAGAAAAAGAUGGUGGUUCAAUUGACACAAGAGGAAUUAUGCAGUGAUACAUGGGCAUGGAGGAAAUAUGGUCAAAAACCCAUCAAAGGCUCUCCAUUUCCAAGAAAUUAUUACAAGUGUAGCACAACAAAAGCUUGUGGGGCAAGGAAACAAGUAGAGCAAAGCCAUAUGGAUCCAACCAUUUUCAUUGUGUCAUAUUCGGGAGAACAUAUACACCCUCCACCCACCCACCGGAGUCCUCUUGCCGGCAGUACUAGGAGCACCAAGUUCGCAAUGCCAAACAUACCAACCAUCUCGGAGGAUGCCACCCAAUCCCGAACACUAGGUGGUGAUGGUUGUUGUAGCGAUGACAAUGGUCGUGAAAUUUAGUUGAUAGCAUGUGUUUUCUAGUUAAAAUCCGCAUCUUAGUUUACGGACAUAAGAGGUUAAAAAAAUUAGAAGUUUAGAUCUAUAUGCUUGUAAGUUUAGAUCUAAAAGGUAAAUUGUUUGAAAAAUAAAAUAACACA